AUGGAGCCGCACUGCGAAGAAAUCUCCCGAGUCAGCUACACCAACUUCGGGCUCUCUCUAUUCAUCCUUGUCGGCAUUCUGGUAUCCUACCUACCGCAACACAUUCGCAUUAUCCGUCUGCGCUCCUCCUUCGGGCUGUCCCCAUACUUCGUCCUGCUAGGCACCACCAGUGGUACCUGCGCCUUUGCGAAUAUCCUUGUCCUCCCAAGAUCACGAGCCGAUAUUGCCUGUUGUCGUGAGGUGGAUGAGUUUGCCUGUCUGGCCGGUUUACUCGGCAUCGCACAGGUGGGCGUACAGUGGGCCUGUUUCGGAGUUAUCCUCCUCCUAUUCCUGAUAUUCUUUCCUCGCAACCAACUCCCAUCUGCACCGCUUGACGAGGACAUCGCCGACAAUGUAAACCCUCCCGACUACUCUGCCACAUCAGAUAUCCCUCCGCCCUCCCCCGUGAAAGAGAAUGCACCUCUUGCCCCGUCCUACCGCACCGCUCUUGUCGUCGUCGCAAUCUGCGUCUUACAUGCCGCAAUCACUGCAAUCUUAUCGUUUUAUUUUAUAUACGCCGCCCCCCUCCAUGCGCAGUCAUGGGCCAAUUUUCUGGGCAUAUUGUCCACCGUCCUCGCGAGCAUCCAGUAUUUUCCACAAAUAUAUACCACGUACACCCUCAAGAGAGUGGGGAGCCUGAGCAUUCCGAUGAUGUGCAUUCAAACACCCGGCAGCUUCGUUUUCGCCGGAAGUCUUGCAUUAAGACUGGGACCGGAAGGAUGGUCGGCAUGGGGUGUUUACUUGGUGACCGGUUGUUUGCAAGGCACUUUGCUGGUCAUGGGAAUCUAUUUCGAGGUCGUCCGGAGGAGGAGAGAGAAGGAGGAAUUGAAGAGGCGAAUACACUACAACCCGAGUGUAGAGCCCGAAGAGACAACAGGACGGGAGGCAUCGGAAGAGACGCCAUUGCUUAGAUCAGGAUGA